CAUUUCGUACAAGUUCGUUUAGAUUUGUCAUUGUGAUGUUCUUUGUUACAUUUUCAGUUGAUCAAUUAUUCCCGGUACAGUAAAGUUGAUUGUUGAAAGAUGAAGAGUCAGCUCCUAAUACUGGGGUGUCUCAUUAUUGGGCUUAAUUGUGAAUUAGCUAGGGUACCUUUGUACAAAUUCAAAUCUGUACGAAAAACAUUGACCGAUGUUGGAACUGCUGUUAGAAGGGUUUCUCUGAAGUAUGGUGCAGAUCCUAUUCCAGAAGUGCUGACUAAUUAUCUAGAUGCUCAAUAUUAUGGACCGAUCACAAUUGGUAGCCCACCGCAGAAUUUCAAAGUAAUAUUUGAUACUGGCUCCUCGAAUCUAUGGGUUCCUUCAAAACAAUGCUCCUACACAAAUAUAGCUUGCUUACUCCAUAAUAAAUACAAUUCUAAAACCUCAACCACAUACAAAAAGAAUGGAACCUCAUUUGCUAUACAGUAUGGUACUGGAAGUUUGAGUGGGUUCUUAUCUACCGAUGUUGUUGCUGUGGGCGGGGUAAAGGUACAAGAUCAAACAUUUGCUGAAGCUAUAAAUGAACCAGGACUCACUUUUGUGGCAGCUAAAUUUGACGGUAUUCUAGGAUUGGCCUACAGUUCGAUUUCGGUGGAUGGCGUACCACCUGUUUUCGACAAUAUGGUGUCUCAAGGUUUGGUGGAGCAGCCAGUAUUUUCUUUCUACUUGAAUAGAAAUGCAAGCGCUCCAGUUGGAGGUGAAAUUAUAUUCGGGGGCUCAGACCCAGCUCAUUAUAAGGGUGAAUUCAUCUAUUUACCAGUUGAUCGUAAGGGCUACUGGCAAUUCCCAAUGCAACAGAUCAAGAUCAAAGGCCAAAACUUAUGUGCCAACGGCUGUGAAGCGAUUGCUGACACCGGUACCAGCUUGAUCGCAGGUCCCCUGGACGAGGUGAAAAAAAUCAAUGAGCUCAUUGGUGCAACUUCGAUGGCUGGAAAUUAUAUCGUUCAGUGUGAUGAUAUUCCAAAGCUGCCUCAAAUCACUUUCAAUUUGGGCGGAAAAGACUUCACACUUGAGGGAAAAGACUAUAUUUUGGCUGUGUCUGCCAUGGGAAAAAGUAUCUGCCUUUCUGGAUUUAUGGGAAUCGAUAUUCCACCACCACGUGGACCGCUAUGGAUCUUAGGGGAUAUUUUCAUUGGUCGCUUUUACACCGAAUUCGAUCUGGGAAAUAAUAGAGUUGGAUUUGCAGAAGCUGCUUAUUAUCAGAAAUUUAAUACCACACUCAAAUUUGGGACCGUCACCUACGCGGCUUCAUUAGUGUGGUCUAUAAAUCCAGUUUUUGUUCUACCUAUUUCAAAGAUGAAGAACGUGAACUUCUUCGUGUUAUUUAUAGUGUCGGUAGUUAUAGUGCAUGGAAAAAUUGCUAGAUUUCCUCUUCACAGGGUCAAGUCCUUGCGUCAAACAUUCGAUGAAGUUGGGACUUCUGUCGAAAAGUUGAGCAGGAAAUAUGGUGCAUACCCCUCACCUAUACCAACCCCCGUGACCAUAUUCAAUUAUUUAGAUGCCCAAUAUUAUGGAACCAUUUAUAUAGGCUAUCCACCACAAGCAUUCAAUGUUAUGUUCGAUACAGGCUCAGGAAAUCUAUGGGUACCAUCCGUUAAGUGUCCCUACUCCAACAUAGCUUGUGCAAACCAUCGCAAGUAUAAUAGUUCGAAAUCGAUAAAUUACGUACCAGAUGAUACUCCAAUCGAAAUAGGCUAUGCAACAGGUGGUAUGACUGGCUUUCUGUCAGUGGACACAGUACAGAUUGCUGGUUUGAUGGUUAACAAUCAAACCUUCGCUGAGGCUACAAAAAUUGCUAGCACCUUCAGUGGAUCACCGUUCGAUGGAAUCCUGGGAUUAAGUUUCAAUGAGUUGAUCUCAGUCUCUUAUGUAGAAACCUUAUUCGAUAAUAUGUUAAAGCAACAUGACAUUUCUCCUACAUUUUCAGUGUAUCUAGAUAGGGACCUGAACCACGCCAGUGGGGGAGAAAUGAUAAUAGGUGGGACGGAUCCUAGCUUCUACACUGGAAACUUUUCGUACGUUCCUAUUAGCCGACCAGCUUAUUGGCAGUUUUCGAUGAACGCCAUGAAGAUUGGAGACGCUACUUUUUGUACCAACGGCUGCGAAGCUGUUAUCGAUACAGGAUCGAGCUUACUUUGUGCUCCGAGAGCAUUGUUACCAACCAUACAGAAAGCCAUAGGAGCUAAGCAAUCUGGAGAUCUGUAUCUUGUGGACUGCAAGAAAAUUCAUACCCUACCGAAUAUCGAAUUCUUUGCUUCAGGACACAAAUUUAUCUUGGAACCAUUGGACUAUGUAGUUAACUUUACAGAUAAAUGUAUUUCUGGCUUCACUGGAGUGGACGUUCCACCACCGUAUGGACCCAUAUGGAUUCUUGGAGAUAUUUUCGUGGGGCGCUAUUACACGGAGUUCGAUAAAGGCAACAAACGUAUCGGGUUUGCGAAGGCAAAAAAAUAUUGAAGAUUCCACCGU